GUAUUCUAAAAUCACACCUAUUUGAAAUAAAAAUGAAGCCACACAUUUCAAAGGACGCAUCCGAGACUCAAUCUCCACAUUCACGACGAAAUGUGAAAAAUUUUAACCUUAUUAUUUAUUAAAUAUAACACAACUCGCUCAAUUCAUGUAUGAUUUCAAAUAAAUAAAUUUACGCUUUUGUAUUCAAAAUGCUAACAUUUCUUGAAUGCUUUCAAUAUGACAUAUUUUUUUUCGCUACACCGAUUUUAUUGUACACUAACUAAAUUUCAAUUUUGAUUUGUACUCCUCCUGGGAUAUCAAUAUCAAUUCAGUCCAAGUCCAGCACUGCCAUACUUGCGGCAGUGUUUUCCUUUUAUGAAAUCUGCGAUGGAGUGCUUUUUUGCAGAAAAAGCUGAAAUGAAUUAGUCAGGCUUGUUUCUUUAUCGGAGAUGUUGUUGUCUGUCAAAGUGUCGAAUGUUUGAUGGUAAUGGAGUAAAUAACAGUUGAAAAGAAAGUUAAUUAAAGUUGGUAUGACAAUAUGAGAAUGUCUGUGACAUUAUUAUCACGCUCCGUUCUGUUUUGCUUACUCUUAAGAGAGAGUUUCGUUUACUCUGCUGUAUUAAUUCGCCAACCAGUUGGGAACAUCUCCAUACAAUAUUGUCAAAUUUUGAAAAAGGUCAUUCCUCUAAAUGCUUAUUACGAUGAUGUGCGAAACUCCAACUCUCUCGAGUUGCAGCUCCUUGAUCAAAACCGAAAACCCGUACCAUUAAACGCCAAGUAUGUCCAGCUUAAUGCAGCAGAUCGAACUUUGUAUAUCGUACCAGUUUACGUAGCCUCAUCAGCAUCAGAUACAACCAGUACCGGAGAGAAAAUCUUGCUAAAUUAUAUACUUCGUGCGAUUAACCCAUCGCAAGUUUACGAGGACGAUUACUUCUCUGUCGAAAUUUCCGGUAACGUUCUCAGCCGCAAGUACGGUGUCAUUUUUAAAACAGAAUUACUUAAACCAAAUUUAAGCGACAUGGAGAAUCUUUACCAUUUUAUAAAUACCUUGUAUCUAUUUCUUUAUCCACCUGCUGGAGGGUCUGCACAAAAUCAAAAUCAAAUUCAAAUAUACUGGUACACGAAAUUUGAUGGUACUGGAGGUUCUCAAACAACGAUGGAAUUAAGUUACCAAAAUUGUACCGCGGGAGACGUGUGUGAUUUGCUUGCUAUGCGAAACACAAAAUCAUUAUAUGGUCUUUUUAACGUUACCUAUGCUGUGCCAGCCCGUCUGGACGCGCUAAUGAAGACCUAUUCGUUUAACUUACAGAGCAUUGAUGUAAGGUUAAUUGAUCCCUGCAAGGAAACCUUCCAGCCACAAAUAAACUAUGAUUUGCUAAGAGAAGAUAACCCGUCUUAUGAACCAGUUCUCUUGCAAUUGAUAUUUGGUGGCGUGGAUAUCGGGCAAUACCCUGGUAUGUUUGAAUAUGCAUUUCCAAAUAAUACAUUUUACAUGCCUGAAACAGUCGAUGAAAUACGAAUUGAACUGUAUGUUGAGUACGAAAAUAAGCUGAAGCUACCAAUUUCCAAAACACAUUGGGCUUACAUCACAAGAGAAGGCUCGGUCACAUUUCAAUACACCCUCUACGUUGUUAUGAUCGAUGCUGCCUACCAAUCAAAUACAAACAAGGUCCUCUACCAAGCGAUGGGUUUGACACCUGUUAACAGCGGAAACAACUUCGACACUAUAUUAAAUAUAAAACAGGCUCCUCUUUCCUAUUACGUGGUCACAUUCACCUUUACAAAUUUUGUUCUACAAAGUUCAAGCAUCAAGGUGUUGAAUAUGAGAUUUUUCUUAAACAGUUUAAUCACAGUGCUCGGUGAAUCAUACAGAUCAUGGAUUUUUUUAAAGUCGUUUUCAUUCUCAUCAACGGGAAGUACAAGUGGAGUCGCUGUAUGGGGAUUGAAAGUCAAUCCGAAAUGCAAUUUCUCUCUUAUUGUUGCCACGCAACGGAUUAUGUUUGUUUCAGAAAACGCAAAAACGAUAAGUUCUACAUUCCAAAACAACUUGAAAUUUGCUUUCACCUUAAAUCAAAUACAAGAAACAUUUUCAGGACCGUGCGCCUUGGAGCCUCCCACUAAAGUUAAUGCAAUACCUCCGUUAAAUAUCGAAUUUUGUGGAAUAUACACGUAUAUAAUCCCUGCGAACACUUUCUAUGAUAACCAGGAAGGAGGCACUAGAAACCUAACAUUGAAGUUACUUAACAGUGACAAUUCCCCUGUGGGAACCUCUUCAUGGAUACAAUUUAACACUAAAGAUCAAACAAUAACAGCUAUUCUUCCUACAGAAGCUCAAUCAAGCAUAACACCCUCGAACAUUUUUAAACUUGUUGCAACAGACAGCACUAACCAAGCCACGACAUGUGACGUCAUUGUAAAUAUUAUUGGCACACCCAAGGCUAUAACAUAUCGUGUCACUGUUCGAGGAAUCUACUCGUCUAAUCAACAAACGAAUCCAGCUCAGGUGAUUUCAACAAAAGUUACUAAUUGGUUUAAGGAUAGUGACAAGUUUCAGUUGAUUUCUCAAGGUGUGACGUCAAACAACGAACAGUAUGCAUCGUUUACGAAUUGCUCAUGGCGCACUAACCCUUGUGACGCAUUAAAAGUAGACGCGUACAAGAAAAGUAUUUUCCCAGAUGGCAAUACGGCAUCUAAUGCAUUUGUCAGCAUAUUUAGUCCUGAAUUCCAGAAUGUCGUUGUAACGCAGACUCUGUCCGGUUCAUGUGCGAAUAACAAACCACCCGAAAUAGUCGCUGGAUGGGGACCACUAUCUCUCAGCUCGUGUAGCCUAUUUAAACAGCAGGUACCAGAGAAUACGUUCUACGAUACCGAACAAGGAAACACAAGAAAUUUACAAUGUUCGUUAACUGGAUCGAAUGCUGCAACAACAACGCCAUCAUGGGUGAGGUUCGAUACGCAGAGACAAGAAUUAACAAUGUUAGCAUAUUCCAAUCUUACCAUUGCAUCCACCGUAUAUUUGUUUUCCUUGACAGCACAAGAUAUCGAGGGAAAGGCUACUUCUCAAAGCUUGGUCACCAACCUUGCAACCUAUUCUGAAGAACCGUCACAUACCGUUGAAAUGACGUUAAGAGUAACGUCCAAUUCAUUAAAUAAUUUCAUCGACAUCUAUGAAAAUCUUAGGGAAAAAAUUAAAUUCUAUUUUGGUGAUACUGGAAAUACUGUGGAGUACAUUUUUCUGACUCAGUACCCUUCAACGACUUAUACAGUUCAUUGGACAAAUUGUACUGUGUCGCGAUCAAUAUGCGAGCAGGCGAAACUAGACUUUAUUGAAAACAGAGUGUUAAGCAAUGGUCAAGCCAGUCCUUCUUUUAUCAAUGCGUUAACUAACGAUUUCGCUUUAGUUAAAGCAACCUUUGUUACAAGUGGAGUUUGUAAGAAAGCCAAAGAAGAUCCAAAAGUUUUAAAUGAGAUCCCAAGACAAUAUAUUAGCUACUGCGGUUACUUGAGAUACCGCAUACCUGAGAAUACAUUUUUAGAUGGUAUCGACGGCGGUACGCGUAGUCUGGCGUUAACUCUAACCAACCAAGAUGGAUCUGUUAUACCUAACGACAACUGGCUUGUUUUUGAUGAGAUUCAACAAACAGUUUCCGCCAUAUUACAAUCUAGCAAACCGCUGACUCAGCAAACUUAUGUGUUUAAUUUAACUGCAAGAACUAAAAGAGGGCGGAGUGUUUCUACUCUCAUGACGGUUAAUAUAACUGGCAAGCCAUCAGAAGAAAAAACCUACUUCAGGUUUGUCGUGCAAACUAAAGCGCUUACUACAACUAAAGCCAGUGAAUUGUAUAUAGCACUUUUUGACAAGAUCUUCAUUGUAUACGCGUCGCCUGUAAACGACAUUACUCUGAACUCUGGAAAUUACGCUGCAGGUUAUGUAAUAGCAGAAGUCAUGAAUUGUGAUAUUGAAUGUUCAAAGCAAACAAUACAAACACUGGAAUCUAUACUUAGUCUGUACGAUACGACAAAGUUUCAACCUGAGUUUGAAACACCAACCGUGUCAGUUCGUGUUGGACGAUCAUGCUUAGCAAAGCCUCCUGUGUUGAUACAGCCUCCAAAUCCGUUUACGGUUAACAGAUGCGCUCAGUUCAGCGUUGGUAUAUCAAAUGAGAUAUUUACAGAUAACAAUGGUGCCGAAAACUUAAAUUACGUCAUCACUGAAGUAAAUGGCAACACAGUUCAUGAUUGGAUAUCAACAGAUGGUAUGAAGAUUGUCGGCAUCAUCACAAACGAAGUGUUAAAAGCCAGAACAGAAAAUAGCAAAUACAACUUGACCCUUCGAGCGAUCAAUCAGUACAACUUAUGGGCGGAAACAUGGGUGAUGAUGACCGUAAGCGGAGAACUGCCUCAGUUAUUUUACAAAUACGAUAUGACGAUUGAGGACAAACUCACUUUAACCUCCACAUUGAAUACUGACUUAGCAAGGCAAAUUGCAAUUACGAAACAACUAAAUGGCUUUUUUCAAAACAAAGUUAUCAACAUUGUGUCCUACAGCAAACAAACAGGAAAUAACUUUGCAAUACAGUGGAGCGUGUGCCCAUUACCAAACAGAUGUACAACAACUGGUGCCAGCAGUUAUUCAAGUCAGAUAUUUGCGAGUAAUCAACCUAGUCAGACGUUUAAGAAUGCCUUCGGACCAAAUUUUGCGUUGAACACAAUCACAGAAAAUAAUUUUCCCGACUGCGAUACCAUCAAUCCACCCAGAGAGACAAGGAACCCUUUGACAAUAAAUACUGUUUACUGUGGAGGGCUUGAUUAUGUAAUCCCGGCUGACUUAUUUACAGACCAAGAAGAUGGUGGAACAAGACAACUGACAUUAUUUUUCGAAGUUACAAGAGGACAAGAUGUAUCAUCAAGCUAUUCAUGGCUGUCAUACGACCAAGCAUCUCAACGCCUACAAGGGAUGCCUACUUACGCUGAAGCAAAAGAACUUAACGUCGCCAACACGAAAUUUUUACUCACAGCUAGAGAUUCGUCAGGUCAGGAAACAACCAUAUCAGCUUAUAUCAAGUUUACUUUACCUCAAGAACCAAAGUAUUCCUUUGUGUUCAUCAUGUCGUCAUUCCAGACAAGUGACGUCGCGUUACGUUUUGCGUACAUGAACAAGGUGGCUUCGUUUCUUGGAGACUCUGGUAGAGUCAACGUUGGAUUCACAUCAAUAAAAUCAACACAGAUCGACUAUUUUAACUGUUCAAUUCCUUACUCACCUUGCGAUCUAUAUCAACUCAAAACAAUUAAGAGCUUGUAUUCAGAUGAAAGUGGUAUACCUCGGACGCAGUUAAGAAGUGCAAUGCAACCGGAGUUUAAUGUUGCAAGUGUAACCGGAAACAAGCUGUCACCGUGCGGUGGACCAAAUCGACCCAAUGUUAAUGCCACUCCUCCAGUGGUCGUUAUUACAAUGUGCGGAUAUCACGCAUACCAAAUUCCUGUUUAUACGUUUUAUGAUCUCGAAGAUGGAAACACAAGAAACCUGGCUUUAUCAGUUUCCGUAAAAAGCAGUGCUACAUUUAGUAUGUCAAACUAUGUACAGUAUGUUUCGUCUACACAGACUGUAAAUAUAGUUCCGAAAGCUCAGCUGCUUGCAACUUACGGUAGAGAUUACCUGUUCUCUCUAAAGGCGACAGAUACGUCUGGUUUGUCUGUUAACACUGAUCUGAUGUUUAAAAUUCAAGGACCGUACAGCCUUUUAACGGAAUGUCAAAUACAAGUUACAUUACAGCAACUUACGACGUCGCAAACUAGCCGUACAAGUGUCGAGGCAAUGACGUUUGUUAUACAACGUCUAAUGAGUUACUUCCAAAUCCAACAAAAUGAGAUUGGCGUAGUUGAUUUUUAUACCAAAAGUUCAAAUCAGUUCUUUUUUUCGUGGAGUUACUGCUCGUCCAUGUAUCAACAAGAAUCCUACCAAUCAAACUCAGCCACGUUAAGCGUCGACUACGUUGGCCUUCAAACGAAAAUUCUGCAAAAACUUUACCACCAAGAUCGUAAAACAAUCCACGCCAACUUCAUGUCUGCUUUUCAAUCCGAUUACUCUGUGAUAAGCGUCGUCCCUGUUUUCACAGCUAGAUGUAAAAAUCUCCCACCAGUUGUGGACCCGGGUACUGAAAUCUCCAUCACAAUCGGCUUCGGCGGCUAUGCGUUUCAUUUUUAUCAAAACAGUUAUUUUUAUGAUUUCGAGGAUGGUUGGGCAUAUGACCUUUAUCUCACCAUGCUAAGCUCUACCCAUCAAACUCUUUUGAUUGACAGCUGGAUUAAUGUAGAUGUAACGUCGCGCAAUAUUUAUGCUGUUGUCAUGGAUACAGUCCGGUUCUCUUCUACCUCAAAUUAUAUCUUUUAUUUACAAGCCACUGACACACAAGGAUUGUAUGCAAGAAUAAAAGUUACGGUAACGAAAGAUGGCACAUUUUAUGGCUUCGCACCGUUUAGUAUAACAUAUCUUUUGCAGUACAAUGGACAGGCUGGCUUAGUAUAUGCCAAUCAGAGCAGCCACAUUAUAAACACAAUAACAAGAUAUUUCACUUCCAUAAGCCAAUCAAAAUUCGUUCUUGUUCGAUGGUACUACAAAACGAUUGGUUAUGGUCAUUAUCGCGAGAUCACGUGGACAGUUGCUGAUCAUACAUGUCAAUCAACUGUCUUGUCAACAAUCCGAAGAAUAUACAACCAAAAUGGAGGCCUGGACUCUACCUUGGUUCAAUCCUUAUCCGGCAUGUUUACAUUGCGACGACUUUAUUAUCAAACGUCAUGUGAUCCACAACCUCCGACGCCACCGUCACCACCAACUGUGCUGCCGACUUUCAAUAUCACAUACUGUUCUGUGUUUACGUAUCAGCUAAGCGUGUCGUUAUUUUAUGACGACUUGGAUGGAGAAGCAGACAAACUAAAGUUGGAACUGCUAGAUUCUAGUGGGAACGCUGUGUCUCGAUCAUCUUGGUUCCAAUUGAACACAGUGACAAUGCAACUUUAUGCUGUAGCUAUAAAAUCCGCAAUGCAAGUCCAGUCUAGUUAUUCAUAUAAAAUCCAGGCUACAAACAGCGGCAAGGAAUCUAAUACAAUCGAUCUCACGGCUGUGAUUAGAGAUGAACCGUUUACAAGCGACUGCAAAAUAACGAUGCAGUUCGCUUAUAAGUAUGAAACUUCAACCUUAGUCGAUCUGGACAUAAUCAGAAGAUUUAUUUCCAUGUUAACAGAAUACUAUCAAGACAAAACAACAAUGGUGAAAGUUCUAUCGUUUACGGGACUUGGUAACGGUUCGUAUCGUAUCGUAUGGAGUAACUGCUCGUUUAAAUUCGAAACCAAACAACAAGCGUCCUAUGGGUUGACAGAAGCAGAUCGAAGCGCAUUAACUUAUAUAUUCUCUCAAAUGGUGUCAAGCAGUAAUCAAAUUGUAUCAAAAUUCCAAACAUUCAUGAGCUCGUAUUUCCAAAUCACGUCAAUCCAGCCUAGUUACGACUGCAUCGAAGAGCCACCCAUACCAUUAAAAAAGUCGCUAAAGGUGUAUGGUCGAUUUUGCGAGCUCUUUAUCGACAACAUUUCGCCAAAUUUAUUUGAAGACAAACAAGACGGUAACACUCGAAACCUUAAGCUUACCCUCACCGAUUUAAAUGGUCGCGCACUUUCAAUAAACAACUGGGUGCAAAUAGACUCGAAACAAAAUGUGUAUGGCGUCGUAACAGAGACCGUAAAAAGCAACGCUGUUUCGUCAGAAUAUAACUACUUGAUAGUAGCUACCGAUUCUUCGGGACGUUCGGCAAACGUAACAUACACCAUCGUAGUUGCUUCGGCACGGCGACAUUACGACGUAUACUACCAAACAGGAUUUACAAGUCGUUUCGGUUACUUGGACAGUACUGCGCUUAUGCUGUAUACUAUUGUCGAUAAAUUAUCAAAAUACAUUGAUCCCACUGAUAAGCUAGGAAAGAUCUAUGUUAAAGAAUACCAUUAUCCUUCUACACUUCUAUGGACACACUGCAGUUUGCAACCUUGCAGAAAAACAGACGUAACAAACCUUAGGAAAAAGCUGACCACGGAUGCUGGUGUUAUUACUACAGACUUUGUGCAAGCUAUGGAGCCUCAGGUCACACCUGUUACGACACGCGUCACUAUAGAAAAGACGUGUGGAGACAGCAACACCACGGUCAUCCCGAAUCCGCCACCACCUAACGAGACCAUACCGAAUUGUGGCUACUUCACCUAUCAAAUUCCGAAUAACUUAUUUACUGAUAUAUUUGGCAGAGGAACCUACUACUUUCUCUUGAAAUUCUUCUACACAACAGGACAGUCUAUCCCAACUUCAUCAUGGAUCAGAUUUAACCAAACCUUCCAGUAUGUUUACGCCAUCCCUAUCCUAUCACAAUUAAGCCAGUCUUCGUAUUUUACCUUACAAGCUGUCCACCCAGGCUCUGGAAACACAGUGAGCGUUCAAACAACCUUCACUAUAAGAGAUUUCAAUGAGAUCUCUAAAGUCUCAUCGAAGCUGUGCUACAUCACCUUUCAUCUUACAGUGAAAUAUAAUCCAGGUUUGGAUGAUGUAUCUACACUUAGGUUGUUCAUGCAGAUGCUGGCAGGAUACUUGAAUGCUAACUACAACACCAUACAGAUCUUCAGCUACAGCAGAGGAGGAGGCUAUCCAUAUAACAUGGUUAUCACAUGGACUAAUUGUACUCUCACCGCUUUAUUUCAAAGAGAGAAUUUUGCUCGAACUUAUUAUUCGCAGUUCUCUCAAAUCAUCAACAGUAUGAUGAUAUUCUCAAAUGGUCAGUACAGCAUGAGACAACAGAUUACUAAUUACUUUAAUGACAAUUCCCUCUUUGAAGUUACUCAAAUCGUCAUCAACAAGAAUUGUUCAGAACCAAAAAACCCACCACCGGUACCGAAUCCCCAAAAAUUAGUGUUCACUGCUAGUUGCGGUAUAAAUACCUUCCCUAUACCAAGUGAUACGUUUGUUCCGAGUGCAAGUCAGCUUUCACUAACUCUGUUAACCAUGGAAAACCAACCUUUACCAAAGAAUACAUGGGUAAUACUGGAUACGUUCACUAGAGAAAUAAAAUGUUUAUUUAAUAACGCCACCAUUUUUGCAGCAAGCGAGUACAAGUUUAAACUAAUUGCAGAAGAUUCUGCUCAACAGAGGGGGGAGACGACGGUUACUAUUAUAAUGCCAGAGCCUUUUGUACCUGUAGUAAUGGAAGUACUGCUAGCUGCCUCCUACACUGUCGAUUACCCAUACGAUCUGAUACCACAGCUUCAAAUUGUGACAGCCAUGAAUGAAUACCUAACAACAACGCAACGCGUUAGCAACGUCAGUUUCUACGUGACCGAAUACAUCCCGCUGAAUGCAUUGUUUACCAAUUUGAAAAUCACAAACUGUUUGGCAUGCCGACAGAAGUUAGAACUAGUCGUUGGAGAAUUAACCUUGGCGCAUAAUUUCAACGUUUUAAAAGAAAUGCUCGCACCAGAGAUAACAGCGUAUCCACCGUUAAUCAACGCGAUAAACCCGUGUAGUGUUGUACACGGUCCACUUAAAUUGAUCAAAGAGAACCUGACGUAUUGUGACCAUUGGGUGAUUGACUUGAGAGAACGAGAAACUAAUCUUAUUUUGCAAUACACAGUGCAGCUAAACGACGUCAAUGAUAACCCGUUGCCAUCGGAUUCAUGGAUAUGGCUUUACAACUAUACGAUUGAAGGAUACCCUCCAGAAAGUUUUUGGUCUAGCUCGCAAACGUCGUGGAAUUUUGUUUACACAAUAAAGAAUGGGACGCAAAUAAUCAGCAGACCUACUAACAUGACAAUUGUUUUAAUACCAGGUAAAAAGCCAGACAACUUGAUCGAGUUCAAAAUGCGACUUUCUCAACCUGGUCCACGACAGGAAAGAAUGGACAAUUUCUACAUAAGUAAAGUGAUGAACGCUUUAAAAGAUCUUGUUGGCACAGGAGUUGGUUUACAUUUCGUAUCUUUCCAAAUACUCCAAGAUAACCCAUUUACGUUCGAAGUACGCUGGCAGAAUUGCUCUUUACCAACAAGUUGUGGCACAACUGAAAUUGACGAAGUGAAUAAAAUCUUGUACGGUACUGAUAGUGUAGCAGGGUAUCCUAUCCAAAAAUACUUUCCGGGUUAUACUAUCAAAGAACUGGAUAACAAAUGCGAAAACACACCACCCAAAACGAAGUCCUCCCUAAAUUUAACCAUUCCGGUCUGCGGUUUAUACAAGUACAAAUUAGAAAAAGACAUUGCAACAGAUGACGGCAAAAACAUAGAUGCGCUGACAAUAACUCUACUUCAAUCAGACGGUACUGCUUUACCAAGAGAUUCAUGGAUUAGGUACAAUGCAUCAGGGCAGGAAUUGUAUGGCUUUCCCACAGAGGCUAUCCUAGCCGGAAGUAGACAAUACGCCUUCCGCCUCUCUUUCCAAGACACCGAGGGCGGUACAGCUACAAUGCCUGUGUACGUUACUGUGAACGAUAGCAAGGAGGUUUACUACGAAAUGAGUAUAAGCUUCUUAAGUCAAAUGCCAGCAUCGACAGCUUACCUUGAUAUGCAAAUCAAAAUGUUAGAACUCAUUUCUACGUUCACAAAAGGAGGAAUUGCUCUUGAGGAAUACCGCGUAUCAGUCUUUUCAGUUACCGACAACGGUCUGGACAAUGUUUACUACAUGAAAUAUGGAGACUGCUCAAUCCGAAAGAAAAUAUGCAAGAAAGAGGAAGAAGCCAUCGAAGAAAUUGAAUCAAAAUUAAAGACAAGUUCGGAUCAACUGACUGCUAGUUUUUCAAGAUACAUCCAGAGAUAUUUCACCGGGCGUAGCAUGUCACGUGUUACGUCCACUGUUCAAGUUGACCAACCACCUAUCGUUUUAGACAACAUCAAUAUUAUUGUUUUGUCUUGUUGCCAGGUGACUUGUGUAAGCAUUAAAAAUAAUUUUUACGAUGCUGAACAAACCAAUUUGAUAUAUAAAUUAAAAUCAAACGAUAAAGAUGUCUCAUUGAAAUAUUGGACUCAAAUAGUAAAUGACCAAAUUUGUGUGUAUCCUUGGUCAAACCUUACCGUUGGCAAAUACGAGUUUUCAUUGGAAGCUAUGGAUAAUUGCGGCAGCACGGUAACAAUUCCGGUAACAGUCGAUCUCACUUGCGUGCAUAAAGGACCGUUCGGUUACAAAUGGACCGUUGUUAAUAAUGACGUCACUUCAAAUACGUCAUAUCCUGAUGUUUACUAUGUAAGUCAAGUGAGAACAAGGAUGGUUAAUUAUUUGAAACAGAUGCUUGGUCCAACAUACGAAGAAAACAAUGUGCAAGUUUUAUCGUAUGAACUAAAAAAGAACGACAACAGAUUUACUUUCGCUGAAUGUGGCAUAGUAUAUAAGCCGUGCAACCAAUCAGCAGUAUCAAAAAUCGUCAAUGCUUUGUUUAUUGAUGAUAAAGUUCCAAAUCCCGAAUUAAAAAAGAUUUUCUCUGACGUCAUGCCAGUCAGCACGAUAGAAGGAACACGUCAAUAUCCAUGCGGUGACACCCCUGGUGGUCCAACAUGCACGGUGAAGAAACUCGUCAUUAACGCGACAAGAUGCUCCGAACUGUCCUACCAGCUUCCAGAUGUUUGCAGAGAUGAAGAAGAUGGCGCUAUGAAAAAUCUAAGGUUAAAAUUACUGACACCAAGUUUAACGCCGUUACCAUUGUCAUCGUGGCUGCAGUUCAAUCAAACGUCUCGCAGAAUCUAUGGUUAUCCGCUUUAUGAUAACACAAACUCUACAGUACGUUAUGAUCUGACGUUAGAAGUUCAGGACAGUGACGGUAAUAAAACUAUAAUUUCUAUUUGCGUGUACUUAAAGGGAAAAACCACUGCAGCGGAUUACCAGCUAACCUUAAUAGGAGAAUUAAACAAAGCAUCGGCAUCGCCAUUUGUUGAUCAUAGGAUUUGUAUAACGAACAGAUUAAGCGUCUUUUUUAAUAAUCUUGGCAUCAACAAUAUCGCGUUUGACCGUGGAAAUGUGAACCAGAGAAGAAUACGACUUAACUGGAGUUUUUGUGAGCAACGUGAUUCUCCAUGCGAUUGCAUGAUGGUGAAGAAAACUCAAGAUUUGUUAAAGGACAUGGAUCGAUUUAAAAACACAAUGCGUGAGUGUGUUAGCGUGUCAAGGGAUGUUACCUAUAAACUGUACGGUGACUGCGCCAAAACAAACAAACCGACUCUGGAAAACGGUAUAUCGGAAGUUACUGUGAAAGUUGGCCAAGUUUAUGAAACUGUUCUGCCAAAUAAUCAGUUUUCCGAUGCGGAAGAUGGAACAAAUCGAAAUUUGACCAUUAUAGUCCGUGACGUAAACAACAACGAAUUGACCGACAUUGAUUGGAUGACGGUGUAUAACAACAAAAUAUGCGGAUUAAUGGAUUACUAUGACUACACCGAAAAGGGAUACACAAAGAACACUAAAAUUGAUUACUUAGUAGUUGCGAUCGAUAUGUGUGGAAAGGAAUCCUAUGACAAGUUCACUGUUAAUUUCGUCAACAAUUUCCCCGAUUUAAGUUACCGGGUUCAUAUUCGACUCAACUAUCCAUACUCGUCCUUUCAAGGUAACUGUUCUAAAAUAGACGAACUACUUCAAACCAUAGCUAAUUACGCUGAAGUCCCAAAAUCGGAUAUCCUUGUUCAACAAUUAUCUGCAUACAACGAUUCCGUAAAUGGCACGGUGAAUGCGACCUACUUUGUAUGGGGUGUUCGUAAAUUUACCGGCGAAGACUGUGACCAUGAGGAGUUUGAAACAUUCCGUGAAAAGUUUAUCAAAGAUGAUCAGGAUAAUGAAGUGUUUAAGGAAGUCAUGCGAAACAACGACAUGGAAGUUGAAGAUAUUUGGGAUUAUUUUGACUCACAAUGCACAACUUGGCCAUGGUGGAUACUAAUACUCAUCCUAGCUUUAUUGCUUUUGCUGCUUUUACUCUGGUGUUUGUGGUGUUGCAUACCAAGAUGCUGUCCAACAUGUUGUGGAAGGUUCUGUCCUGGCUGUUUACCUUGCUGUUCGAAGGGUGGUACCUGUUCAUCAAUGGGAGCGGACAAAGAUGAACAAUUGAUUAGUUCUGAACCAACUCCUCUUCCUGAGCCAGUCCCUGAACCCGAAGUUGAGGGUUCUCCUUCACCUGAACCAACACCUUCAAGCCCAGGUGGGGGGAGUACUAGAUUUACAGGUAAUAAAGAAAUCGAUACCCAUUCAAAUUCUUCCGGAAUUGAAAGCAUGGGUAGCCAUAGUAAUCACAGCGGUGGACAAUUACCUAUAGCACCACUGCCUCCGGUAUACCCACCACCUGCAGUGAUUAAUAAGGGUAGUGGCGGCGGCAGCAGUGGCGGCGGUAGCAGCAGUGGUGGAGGUAAGUCAAAUAGGUACGAUACUGAUGAUCAUGUAGAUGGAGGAGGACGGGACAAUACUGACCACCACUUCCACACUGAAUCGUGGAGCGACAAAAGAAUCCCUGACGUCUAUGAACGGUAUGAACACGGUCGCCAGCGAAGUUUAAAUGACGAUUAUUAUAACCGUCACUCACGCUUAUAUGGCAACUAUCACUAUGACGACGGGAGAAAUGUCACGUAUAUCAAUAGUGGCAGCAACUACGCCAACGAAAAUGUUAGAUAUAAUAAAGGUAGCGAUAAUUACGGAUAUUCUGGUUAUACUUAUGGUGACCGACCGCACUAUGACGAAUACUAUUCGUACGACAGUCGACCACGAAGAGAUAUUUCACGUCAUCAGUAUCACCACGACAACCGCUAUAAAUCAGGAAUUAGACGUGUCCAACACGACGGAUAUAAGGCUGGAAAACGCAUUCGUGUAAAGCAACCGGUUGCAGUGAGAGUUAGAAGAUCGGAAUUAGACGACUAUGUAAAAACUCAAGGACGUGAUGGGAAAAUUGUCCUCAAUUCAAAAGAUAUCGAACGUCUGAUGCAUCGAAAUCCGAAGCUUUCAAUCCGUGGAGUAGGAGGUGAUUAUCAUAAUCGUGAAAGACGUGUAAUACGAUCCGACUCACGUUUAUCCGAUGCCUUAAUCGAUCGGCAAUUGAUACGAACAGAUUAUGAAUCAAAUGGAGGUCGCAGUCGCAGCUAUAGCACGUCCUCAUUGUCGGAUCUCAUUGCCGUUAAUGAAAAUGGCAAAGAUGUUGUUAUAACGCCGAGGAACGUCACAUUCAAAUUAGACGACCGAGUCAGAACGUACAAUGAUGGUGGAUACAGCUCAGGUUCAUCUUACGACAGUGGCCGUUAUGUUGUACGACAUGUCGAUGAUCGGGAUCGUAGUGGAUUGGGUAGAAGGUAUUACAUGAGGGACACUUCGACAACGGGCGACUCCGCGUCCGAGUUCGCUGUCAUUCCUCAUAAUAGACAUUACAAUGCAAGUAGGGAAUAUGCAGUGACAAAUCGUCGCUCAGGAGGAGUGCGAAGAGUAUAUGAACUAAAAAGUACUGGACACACGAGGAAUACUUAUGUAAAUAGAGGUUAUGAUGAUAGUUCUGUGUAGUAUAUUUAAGUAAGUGAAACCAUUUACAGGGUACAAUAACGAAACGUGAAAUAACGCAACAGACUUUACACAACAGAGUUUAAGAUGUGAAAAGCAACAAAAUCUUUAACAGAAGAACAAAAUAGUCUUUUCUCUUAUAAACUCAUUAGUCAAUCAAUUUGUAUUGAAAACAAUACCUGAUUUUGUAAAUGUAUUAGUUCAUUUGUAAUUUAUUAUUUAUAUUUAAUUCUUAUGUAUAUAUUGUUACGUAAUUAUAGCUUUUUUGAGGGAUUUUUAUUUAGGCAACUAUAGUUAAAAAUAAUUAUUGACAUGCA